UACCAAAAGUAUUCAUUUUCACAAUCGCUUUUUGUCCUUCUUCCUCAACCUAUCUACCUUUAUAGCACAAGCACACACACACUAAUGAACCAACAGGCUUGAUUGAAGAAGGGGAAAAACUGUGUACAGAUUACCUAUCUCUCUCUUCAAUCUAAUGUUUCCUUCUAUAGACACCAAUGGCUAUGACCUCUUUGAUCCCUUCAGUCUCCAUGAAGCAACCAUGCUUCCUUCUUUCACUACUCACAUCCAAAGCCCUAGUUCUCACCAUCAUUACCCUUUGCCUUCUUUUCCUUUCUCUUCAGAUUUUCUUGAUGAAUCUGUCUUGAUAAGCAAAUUCUUGUUACAGCAGCAAGAUGAUGUUGAUUCUCCGAGAAAAUUCUGCAAGGAGCUUGAGCAAGAAAAAAAUAAUGAGUGGGUUGAUGGAACCACCUCAGAAAAGGUUUCACCAAGAAGAACUGGAAAGAAAAGGGACAGGCAUAGUAAGAUCUGCACCGCUCAAGGUCCUAGAGACAGGAGGAUGAGACUGUCUCUCCAGAUUGCUCGCAAAUUCUUUGAUCUUCAAGACAUGUUGGGUUUCGAUAAGCCGAGCAAGACCAUCGAAUGGCUUAUCUCCAAAUCAAAGGCUUCCAUCAAACAAGUGAAAGAAAGUGCAGCUGCAUCAGAAGGAGGAGGAGGAGGAGGAAAACAUGAACAUCUUCAGGUUAGUGAAAAUGCAAAUGACGAGACACUGAAAGUCUCAAAGAGAAAAACAAAGAGGGUGGAUGACUCUUGUAAGAAGAAAGAGUCGAGAGAGAAAGCUAGAGAACGAGCAAGAGAGAGAACAAUGGUGAAGAUGAAGAUGAGAUUAUCAGGACUAGUUGACACCUCGAAAACAUUUUCAGAUCCUAAUCAAGAAUCAAGAAAGACUAAGGUAACCGGUGGUGCACAAGUAGAAGGGCAAAACCUAGAACAAGAAAGGAGUGCAACUAACUUGAACAUGGAUUCUGUGAGCAUUAUAGAGAAGUUUCUUGGACUAACCAGUGAAUCUAGCUCUACCAUAUUUGGAGACUCCGAGGAAUCUUACACAAGUCUUGGCUUAAUUAGAGGAACUGUUUCAACAGCAGGAGUGGUGAUACCAAGGGAACAUAACACAACUUCAACAGCCUCAGUAGAUAAGGAGAGAAACCAUAUUUCGACGUUUUCUCUAUACGAUUAUCUCUGCAACUGAUGAUCAUGAUGCUCCGUUCUUAUGAGGUAUUUGGAGUUUCUAUAUGCAUCAACAUAAGAGCCUCAUGAGCCAGAUCUUUCACAUAUAUAAGAUUAUAAUUGUAGACAUGUGUGUGUGUGUGUGUGUGUGUGUGUGUGUGUGUGUGUGUGUGUGUGUGUGUGUGUGUGUGUGUGUGUGUGUGGGUUUUGUCUGCUAAUUUGGUUGAGGCUUUGGACUGCUUGAUUGAUGGAGAAAUUUAUAUUCUAUAUUUGUUGUUUAAAAUAAUUAAUUAUUCAGCA